AUGUGUUGGUCAUUAUCAACCCGCCCUCGCACCGAGGCAGCAAUUCAACUUGAAUCCGAGGAAACAGCCGCCAUUAUCGCAGUCACGCAGGGUUUCCUCGCAGCAUUGAGCACCAAGUCGCGUGCCGAUUUCGAAAAACACUGUAUCCGAGCAGGAGGAAUGACACUCUCGCCUCCCUCCCCGACUCCCCUACGCUUCUGUACGAUUGGUUCCUUCGUUGAACAUGUCGCUGGCCUCAAAGAUGACAUCGAUGAACGUAUCUGGGAUCUGGAGGUGAAGGUACAUGACACAGGAACCCUGAACUUGGCCGCUGUGUGGGCGCCAUUCCGGUCGAAGAUCAAUGGCGUUGUGGAUCAUGUUGGUGUGGAACUUUUUAUUUUACAUAAACUCAACGGCGAAUGGAAGGUGACUGGGCUGGCAGACUCGUGCCGGUUGCCGACUGAGGAGGAAAUGCUGCUGGAAUGA